UUUAUUGGGCUAUUUUGUCAUGCUUCUGUCUCCCCAGCACCAGCCCUAGAAACAAUCCGUCUUCUUCGCUCUGCCCGUCAUAAAAAUCAUGUCCAAACCUUAACUCGCCUUCUUAUCUAUCCACGCGCGGCAGCUACUUUUCCUUCCAGUUUGCAGGCCAGAUAUUUGAUGGAAUGCUUAUGAAAGUUUAAUUCUCAACUUGGUCGUUGAGUUCCUACUUGUCAGCUCUCGACCGCAUCGUCAGAUUGAAUCAUAUGAAGUAAUGCAGGCUAUAAAUGGGAUGAUUCGUGUUCUUCAUAAAAACCCAUUAGCUAGAUCACUCUGGGCUCGCAAUUCUUGCUCAAAAUUAUUCGUUGGAGGGCUUUCAUAUGAUACCAAUGAGACUGCUUUGAAGAAUGCUUUUGAAAAAUAUGGUGAAAUCAUUGAAGCAGUUCGAGUCAUCGCUCAUCACGUGAGUGGGAAAUCGAGAGGGUUUGGAUUUGUGCGAUUCACUUCUGAAGCUUCAGCCAAUGUAGCUUUUAAGGAAAUGCAUUCCAAGGCAAUGGCCGGUGACAGUGGUUCCGGGUUGACUGACGCGCUCUGCUACAUCUCGGAUCUGACAAUAAACGCAAGUGCAUAUGCCACCACUGAGCUUGUCCAAUUCUGGUCCAACACCGACGAACCAGCAACAAUAUGGCCUUCCGACAUUCCAACCUCCACCAGCUCAUGCUCAGAACCAUCACAUGAUGCCUCCUGUGUUUUGGAAACUAUUUUACUCCUUAACGAGAAUAAAUAACAGAUUCGUAUCUCGAAACUUAUCUCAAAUAGAUUCAAUCACAAGAUUAAUUAAGACCUGCUGGUGCUUUUUCUUUCGUUUCUUUUUUUUUCUUUAAAAUAAAUGGAGCUUCAACUCAAGCAAAAACAAAA